GUUCUAGGUUCAACAGUAUCAGUACUAAUCAAAAUAUAGACUUGGUCCCAGAAAUUACUUUCACAAUUGAACAACAUUGCUUUGGCUGUAAAAUCUGCACACUUCUUCACACAACUAUUUAGUUUCACAUGCAAGGUCAGCUAAUAGAAAUGCAUUAUGACUCACAGGUCAUCACUUUUUGGUGCAAGUGUUGCUACAACCAUCCCCGGCCUCCCCUUUAUUAGUCUUGUAAAGAAUAAAAAGUUGUAGUUCACCACUUUGUCCACACGAUGGUGCUGAAUUCAUGUCCAAGCAUCGCUUCUGCUGAGCUGGUGGAUGUGUUGUUACCUUCUACCUAGUUUCAUCACACUGGGACGUUAGCAGCGUCAACAAGCUAGCGUUAGCAUGUUCAGCUAGCUAGCUAGCUACACCGCUACACAGAGCAACUCAAUACAGUUAAUGUUCACAGUGGACUCGGGUCGACAUGGACGAGCCGGACACCGCGGCCAUCCUCCCCGGAGACGUGCUCAGCUCCACAUCAACUGACGACGACACCACCGAGUCAAGUGGCCACAACGACGACGCUGAUGUACCGACCACCCGCUCCGUUAGACCGCCGUUGACAUGCUCGCUGCCGGUGUCUGUGGAGCCGGUGAUGUUCCUGUCCAUGUUUUCUCUGGCACUUCAGGCGCCUCUGUCCACACAGUAUCUGUGGGACCGCAUCAGCGAGGACCUCGGCUACAACGGCUCCAAGAGCUCCGGGUGCAGCAACGGCUCCGUGCCGCCGGACCCCCUGCAAACGGAGGUGGAAACCUUGACAGCCCACUGGAACCUGUACAUCAGUCUUGGGGGCUUCUCUGUAGGCCUGCUGGUGGUGCCUCUGCUAGGCUCAUGGAGUGACCACGCAGGUCGCAGGCCAGUCCUCAUCAUCCCCAACCUAGGCCUGGCCCUCCAAGCUGUGGUUUAUUUAGUGGUGAUGUACCUGAAGCUGCCUGUGGUGUACUUCCUAGUAGGCAGGCUGCUCAGUGGCCUUUCAGGGGAUUUCAACGCCAUCCUGGCCGGCUGCUUUUCUUAUGUGGCUGAUGUCAGCGACAGAGAGUCCCGCACCUUUAGGGUGGCAGUCCUGGAAGCUUGUCUGGGUCUGUCAGGGAUGCUAGCAAGCAUCAUCGGAGGGCAGUGGCGGCGGGCACAAGGCUACAUCAAUCCAUUCUGGCUGGUCCUGGUCACUAACUUGGCCUCGGCUCUGUACGCUUACCUGUUUGUCCGUGAGUCUGUCCUGCCAGACCCAAGCACCAGGCUCCUCACGUGCCGCCACCAUAAAGCUGUCUGGCACCUCUUCUCGACAGGAGGCAGCAGCAGCGAGGCGGGUGGAAGACUUCACAGAUGCAAGCUGUGGCUUUAUAUGCUGUGUUUCUUCCUGGUGGUGACCAUACACUUCGGCAGCAGGGAGUUGUACGUGUUGUAUGAGCUGAGCUCGCCACUGUGCUGGGGGCCGGCCCUCAUUGGCUACGGAUCAGCAGCUCAGCACCUGGCCUAUCUGAGCAGUCUGCUGGGGCUGAAGAUCAUGCAGCGCUGCCUGGAGGACUCCUGGGUGGCUCUCGUGGGUCUGGCCUCCAAUAUCAUCGGGCUGGUGGUCUUCUCUGUGGCUAACACCACGCAGCUCAUGUUCACAGGUUACGGCCUGUGUUUCCUCUUCAUGGCUGCGACGCCUGUGAUCAGGUCAAAGCUGUCCAAGUUGGUGGACCCAUCAGAACAAGGUGCCCUGUUUGCCACUGUUGCCUGUGUUGAGAGCUUGUGUUUUCUGGUGGGCAGCGGCGUCUUCAACUCCCUCUACCCAGCCACACUGUACUUCAUGAAGGGUUUCCCUUUCCUUCUUGCUGCCAUCAUCCUCUUAAUCCCUGCAGGAAUAAUCGGGACCCUGCAAUGUUUAGACCGCAGGAGAGACCACAGAGACUCCACAGCAUCCUGACGUAAAGGGAGGCAGAGAGCAGGACCCUGUCAGAGAGCUAAAGUGCAUUAUGUUGUCACUGUGUGAGGUGAGCAGCUCUGACACAGAGACAUCCAUCAUGUCCUUGUGUGGUGCUGGGAGAGACUUUUGAUCUUAACACAGUGAUGGGGCAGCUGCCGAGCUCAGCAAUGGCAUUCUUCCUAAUCACACCAAAGUGACUGAGACCAAAGGAUGAAGAAUCAACCUCCUCUUGACUGACUGAUGACUGUAAAACCUCUUCUGUCCUAAUAAUUAGAGAACGGAAACUUGGGUUUUGUCAAAUCUUUGCUGGCCCUAAAAACGAACCACAGUCUUUUGCUGGUCCCCUGACAUUUAUAGAAAUGGUGUAAUGAAACAAGGUUCGAUACUUGAUUUUCUUAUGUGAUUUGGUACAUUUUAAACACAGAGAAAUCAGCACCAAAGAAGUGCCGUACAUUUCCAUUUUGAUUGUUUUCAUUUCAGUAGCUCUAAUGGCACACUGCAGGUUACGGUGCUCACCAUAAAAUCAAAUUCUCAAAUUCCUCAGUUGCUUCAAAACAUUUCAAGCGUGCGUGCAAUAUGUUUAUUUCAGAAGGUUACAAAGGGAGGUGACAGAUAUAACCUAGUCUUGAUUUUAGAAGUGUUUUAGAUCUACAGAUAUCGUUCAUCCUCGAUCACACAGAAUAAAUAAAGGUUGGUUAUAGGUGAUUUGUUUGAUAGCGAACAAUCUUGAAGUAAUCUCUGUGUGCAGUGAUGGAAAGUGUUUGUGUAUUGUCUUCUCCUGCACUACAUUUCAAAGGCAAAUAUAUUACUUCUUACGUCUUACAUAAUUUACGACUUAAGUUGUAGCUUUUUUAUAGGCUCAGAUGAGACUUGCUCGAUGCCCAGGGGGAAAUUUACAAGCUACUCAAAGGGUUUAAAAUGAGCCCAACCUUUGCCAGCAGCAGCAUAACAUUAAUGUGCACGGUAUCAUCCAGUACUAUAAUUAAAGUUCUUUUACUUUUGGUAUUUUAAGUAUAUGUUGAUGCUAAUAUUUGUACUUUUACUAACGUAAAAUGUUAAAUGCAGGACUUAGUUUAAGAGUAUUUUACACUGUGGUGUUGCUACUUUAAAGUCAAAGAUCUGAGUUCUUCUUCUACUGCUCUGUUUGCACAUUUGAGUGUAGAGUAAGCCAUGUUAAGGGCUAUCCUAAAUCUGUGGAAUUCAUGAUAUCACACUAUGCAGAUAGAUCACCUGUGCCAAACAUGUCCAAACCUAGCUAUCAGUAAUCCACAGCAGCCAGGGAUUACUGAGUUACACCUCGACCCCCCUCCACAGCCCAAACUCCCUGAAGAGUCCCCCCUCCCACUACCACAAACAACACUAGAUAGUCCCAAAGCGCAGGCCCACAGCCAACAAGCGCACAAGGGUCAGAUCCUGGAUGCAGAGUGAGGGAACAAGAGCUGCUGAAUCAGCUUUAAAAUGCACAAAGGGAAGUUUAAAGGUUAAGUGAAGUAUUAACUCUGCUGCUGUGAAUUGAUCAGCAUCAAGAUUAUUUUUUAAAGCCAUUUUGUAACAAAACUGAUCUGCAAAACUGUCUAUUCUCCAUCAUAAUCAGUUGUGCAAUAUUUAUAAGUUGCAUUCGUAUUUUUUUUUUUUUUUAAUGGAACUGGAUCGUUUUGGAUAGUUUGUGAUAAAGACGAUGGUUAAAUUUGUAUGUUUACAUGUCACAUGGGAUUAAGUAAUAAAUGAUUUUACUGUCAAA